CUGGUGCGGGGACAGCAUUGUUCUCCCUCCCCGCCUGGCCUCACAGACCCCAUCACCAUGGGAACUGAGCCAGCCAAUCAGAACACUCAGUUUUCAAAGGGCAGCCUUAUAAAUUGAGUCACCUCCCCCCAGACAGGCCACAAGCAACAUCCAGAGGCCUCCCAGGAGCCCCUCCUCCUGGAUAAACCAAUUCCAUUGCCCCCCAGCUUCCUCAAGGGAGAAGAAGGGGAGUCUUCUGCCCAGAAUGCUCAGAGACAAGUGCCAAGCCUACAAUCACCCAGCUUAGUGCUCCAAACCAAUGCACGGCCACACCAUGCAGGAGCAACUCAGGAGCCCCUGAAAGUUUCCUCUAGUAACCUGGGGAACACCCGGAGCAGCGAAAGCCAUGUGUUGGGCACACGACACCCCAGCCUGGAGCAACACAGUCACGUCAGCCUGCUGAGCAGCGGUUACGCGGGCGACGAGGAGAACAGUGAGGUCAGCUUGCUUGGUAGUUAUCGAACCACCCGGUUGAAUAAAAGGCCCAAGCCCCAGGUGCCCAGCACCCAGACGAGCCAGCUGUCCUCCACCUACGCCCCCAGCCACUUAAAGAGCCAGUGGUCCAGCCAGGCCCGCAGCGCCAAGCACCCUGGAGGGGAAGAGUGAGCCCGGCCUGCCAGGCGGCAGCAGCAGC